AUGGCUGCUCUUGCCUCAGAACAAUCAACCCCAGAUCGUUCCAUGUCUGCCAACCUAGACUCCUGGAGGUACACUCAGGGUACCCAUCCACUGCGGAUGGCCGUCCUGCUCCUGACUCUUGGUCUCCUCAACCCAAGCAAGAACAGACGCCCAAUAUCUGGUCCAGUCCGCCACUGCCUUCCUGCCGCGCUGGUCACACGCGCUGCAAAGGGUGUUCGCAGUGCCAACCGGCGCAUCGUAGCGCCUGGUACAGACAUAAAGACCUUGAGCUUGGAGGGAUCCGAUCCAAUCCCGCUUGGCCCUGCUCAGUUUGGUGGGCAAAUGUUCGAAGCACGUACGGGCCCCGGGCUGCUAGGCCAGGACUCUGCAGUCUUUGAGCUUACAAACAUCGCUGCGCGUCCAGAUGAGAGGUGGUCCAGCAACCACUGGGUCGGUAUCAGAGUUGUCACCCUCAGAAACGGAAGCAGCACUAGCUGA